AAAUACAGAAUUCACCAAUUCACGACCACAUAUGUACAUAUGUAUGUACAUGCACACAUAAAUACAUAUCCAAAUACAAUUACAGAUGUGUGCAUAGGUCCGAGAACGUGACGUGGCACGCCUACAAAAUAUAUACAGAGCUCAGAGCGUGUAUCGAUCGAUCGAUCGAUCGAUGGUUCGGUCGAUGUUCCAGCCAAGCUAACAAAAGGCAAAAUGUAUAAAACAAAAACACCAACAACAAUAGCAGCAGCCGCAACAGCAACAGCAAAAGCAACAACAAUAACAACAACAAGAAAACUGAAGACGACGACACGAGCGUAAAUCUUUUUAGCGUGAAAAAAUUCUAUAAAACUAACAGGCACUGUGUGGUCGCACAUCAUUCGUGUGUGCUACGACAGCAGACGACAGCCAUCCAUCCAGCCAGCUAGCCAGCCAGUCAGCCAGCCAACCAGUCAACCAAUCAGUCAAUCAGUUUGAUUGAUUAUUGAACCCAAACUCGAAACAACAACAAAAAUCGUACGGCUCUCUGGUUCCAUAUCUAACAGCAGCAGCAGCAGCAGCCCAGUCAGUCCAGUCCAGUCCAGUCAUCAGCAUCGUCCAGCCUCAUUUCAUCAGUCAGUCAAUAACUAACUGGCACUCGCUCUCCGCUCGCCGGCUAGAGGAUAUCUUUGUGCGACGCUUUAGUUUCAGUUCGCAUUUGGACGCGUGCAAGAGAAAUUCGUGCGCGAAAAAAUUCAAUCGCAAAUAUUUCGAGUGUGACAAUUUUUCAAACAAUCUCUUCAAACAAUUUGCGCACACACGUGCCCGACAUUCGCGCUGACUAAAACAAUACAAAUAAACAAAUCAAAAAAAAAGCAACUAAAUUUGUUCUAAAAUUUAUAAAAAAAAAAAAUCCAAUUCAAAAUCUACGUUGAUUAAUUUGUCUGACCCCUGCAGUUCAACUGAGUUAACUUUGUGCUGCAGUUGUGUUCGAAACAUUUCCGGUGUUUCAUUGUGAAAGCGAUAUCUUGGAAUUAUUGGAAAAUAUUUGGAGAAAAUCCCAAGCUACAAGAAAACAAAAUGAAGCUGUUUGCAGUAUUGCUGGCAUUAACGCUGUAUGCUUUGACGCUGGUGCAGGGCCUCAAUCUGCCCGAUCCGAAUGUGAAGUGUACCAUGGAGUGUGAUACGCAGGAGUACAAGAAGAUCUGUGCAGCAGACGACAAGGGUACCACAAAGACAUACCUGAAUGUUUGUGUUAUGAAGACGGAGAACUGUCUACAGAAUGCAAACUUUCAAAAGAUAAGCGACAAAGAGUGUCCUUAGAUGCUAGACCGGAUGAAAUGGAAGCACGUAGAACGGUAGAAACUUAAUCAAGAAUAUGUUGAGAUGAAGAUUUAUUUGGUAACACGACAUUCGAGAUUUUGUUGUAGAGGCCGCUUCAGUUAUAGAAAUUCUUGCGUGGUAUUUGUGUGUGAUAUGUUUAAGUUGUGCUCUAGUAGAAUACUAUACUAAACGCUCCCCAAUCGUAAUGCAUAAACUAUUUUGUAAUAUUAAUUUAAAAUAAAGUACAUUUUUAUACAUACAAUAAAAUAAAACAAAACACCAAC